GUGUGUUGGCGCCCUCAGAUCCAGAUUCAACUGCAGCUGCCGGCGCUUCUUCUGCGGGAGUUAUAACAAGCUAUAACACUCUCGCGGCUCUUUUCUUUCUCUCGCUCCAACUGAAAACCCUUUAUCGCCAACAUGCACGUGAUCAAACGAGACGGACGACAGGAGGCAGUGACUUUUGACAAGAUCACAUCCCGGAUCCAGAAGCUUUGUUAUGGACUCAACUCUGACUUUGUGGACCCUGCUCAGAUCACGAUGAAGGUGAUCCAGGGUCUGUACAGCGGGGUCACCACCGUGGAGCUGGACACCCUGGCGGCGGAGACUGCAGCCACCCUCACCACCAAACACCCGGACUACGCCAUCUUAGCCGCCAGAAUUGCCGUCUCCAACCUGCACAAAGAGACCAAAAAAGUCUUCAGUGACGUCAUGGAGGACUUGUACAAGUACGUCAACCCCCUGAACAAGCGCCACUCCCCGAUGAUCUCCAAGGAGCUGUUGGACACUGUCCGUGAGAACAAGGCUCGUCUCAACUCAGCCAUCAUCUAUGACCGAGACUUUUCCUACAACUUCUUUGGCUUCAAGACUCUGGAGCGGUCGUACCUGCUGAAGAUUAACGGCAAAGUGGCAGAGAGGCCCCAGCACAUGCUCAUGAGGGUCUCGGUGGGGAUCCAUCAGAGCGACAUCGACGCCGCCAUCGAGACCUACAACCUGCUGUCAGAGAAGUGGUUCACGCACGCGUCGCCCACGCUGUUCAACGCCGGCACAAACCGGCCGCAGCUGUCCAGCUGCUUCCUGCUGGCCAUGAAGGACGACAGCAUCGAGGGCAUUUACGACACGCUGAAGCAGUGCGCCCUCAUCUCCAAGUCGGCCGGCGGCAUCGGCAUCGCCGUCAGCUGCAUCAGGUCCACCGGCAGCUACAUCGCCGGGACCAAUGGGACAUCGAACGGCAUGGUGCCAAUGCUGCGGGUCUACAACAACACUGCACGCUACGUGGACCAGGGAGGCAACAAGAGGCCGGGAGCCUUCGCGGUGUAUCUGGAGCCGUGGCACUCGGACGUGUUCGAGUUCCUGGAGCUGAAGAAGAACACAGGCAAAGAAGAGCAGAGGGCCCGGGACCUGUUCUACGCCCUGUGGAUCCCGGACCUCUUCAUGAGGCGAGUGGAGAGCAACCAGGAUUGGUCCCUGAUGUGUCCCAGCGAGUGUCCCGGGUUAGAGGAGUGCUGGGGUCAAGAGUUCGAGGAGCUGUACGCACGGUAUGAGAAAGAGGGUCGGGCCAAGCGCGUGGUGAAGGCUCAGCAGCUGUGGUACGCCAUCAUCGAGUCGCAGACGGAGACCGGCACGCCGUACAUGCUCUACAAGGACGCCUGCAACAGGAAGAGCAACCAGCAGAACCUGGGCACCAUCAAGUCCAGCAACCUGUGCACCGAGAUCGUGGAGUACACCAGCAAGGACGAGGUCGCCGUGUGCAAUUUGGCCUCCAUCGCCCUCAACAUGUACGUCACCGCGGAGAGGAAGUUCGACUUCUCCAAACUGGCAUCGGUCACCAAAGUCAUCGUCCGGAACCUGAACAAGAUCAUAGACAUCAACUACUACCCAGUGCCGGAGGCCCGGCGAUCCAACCUGCGCCACCGGCCCAUCGGCAUCGGGGUGCAGGGUCUGGCGGACGCCUUCAUCCUCAUGCGGUACCCCUUCGAGAGCCAAGAGGCCCAGCUGCUGAACAUCCAGAUAUUUGAGACCAUCUACUACGCCGCCCUGGAGGCCAGCUGCGACCUGGCCGCGGAGCUGGGCCCGUACGAGACCUACCCUGGGUCUCCUGUCAGCAAAGGGAUUCUCCAGUAUGACAUGUGGAACAAGACGCCGACGGAUUUGUGCGACUGGGCGGCUCUGAAGGCCAAGAUCGCCAAACACGGUGUCCGGAACAGCCUGCUCUUGGCUCCCAUGCCCACCGCCUCCACCGCCCAGAUCCUGGGCAACAACGAGUCCAUCGAGGCCUACACCAGCAACAUCUACACCCGCAGAGUGCUGUCUGGAGAGUUCCAGAUCGUGAACCCGCACCUGCUGAAGGACCUGACUGAGCGGGGACUGUGGAACGACGACAUGAAGAACCAGCUGAUCGCUCACAACGGAUCCAUCCAGGAGAUAGACGGGAUCCCCGACGACCUGAAGCAGCUGUACAAGACGGUGUGGGAGAUCUCUCAGAAGACCAUCCUGAAGAUGGCGGCGGACCGCGGCGCCUACAUCGACCAGAGCCAGUCGCUCAACAUCCACAUCGCGCAGCCCAACUACGGCAAGCUGAGCAGCAUGCACUUCUACGGCUGGAAGCUGGGCCUCAAAACCGGAAUGUAUUACCUGCGGACGAAACCUGCCGCCAACCCCAUCCAGUUCACCCUCAACAAGGAGAAGCUGCAGGAGGGGAAGUCGGCCAAGAGCCAGGUGGAAGAGGAGGAGGAGAAGAAGAAAGAGGCGAACACCGCCGCCAUGGUCUGCUCCCUCGCCAACAGGGAUGAGUGUCUGAUGUGCGGCUCCUAAACCGCCGUCACCGCCAAGAACUGAACCCCACGCCAGAUGGUCUGUGGAAGCAUUCUGGGGUCACAUGACUGCCCCCACCUGGUCAUGUGACUGCCGCACAUCGAUAAUCUAAAGCUCAUUUUUCCACCACGCUUGUAUUUAAUUCUGCCGUCAUUUUGCCACUCGUGGACACUUCACAUAUCAAGAUGCUUUUUGUCUUAAAAUAUGCAGCUCUUUGUCGUUAUUUAAUGCCGACUGCCUUUUUUAUUGUUGUAAACAAGGGUUUGAUUUUUAUUCAUUUUCUGUUUGCAGUUGUUGAAUGGAACUCAAGUGUUAUGUCAUUUUCACCGCUGAAAUUGUUUUGUUUGUAUCUUCAGGGAUUAAAUAUGUUCAAAUUAAACAA